GACACCUGAAUUCCUGGAAUUCUCUGGAUGUAAGGAAUUCUUUUCUACGAAAAUCCGCCCGUCUGGCUGCAUUGUUUCUCUUGAACUCCUGGAUUCUAACUGAACUGCUGAGAUUUGAGCACAUCUUCCUCAUUGCUUCGCGGAUUUUGUUUCCUCGGCUGGAAUCCUGGCUUCUGACCCAGUUAAGGACUUCAAAAGGUGGAGCUGGGUACCAAAGUCAACUUAGCACUGCUGUCCUUUUUAUAACCGUUGGUUCUGCUGGCUUUUGAACGUCCAGGAUUGCUUAAAAUUUGGAAACUCUUGAACACUGAUUUCCCUGCUGGUCCCUGCUUUCCCACUCCUUGGGCGAAGAUGUCUUCGGCUCCAGCACUGCCAGAGUGGAAGCUCCAAUUACUGGAGCGUCGGCGUAAGGAUGAGGAGGAGGCCCGCCGGCGGGAGCGGGAACAGCAAGACCGCAUGGCAAAGAUGCCGGCCUGGAAACGGGAGAUCAUCGAAAGACGCCGAGCUAAGCAGGGCUCCAGUACCUCUUUCUCGGAGCCUGGCGGGCCAGGAGGAACUGAGAGUGGGGUGGCCGCUGCGCCUGCUGCUCCCUCACCCUGCCAAGAGGGGGAGCCAGAGAGCUCGGUGCUGCAGGAGAAGAUCGGUCCUGUCCAUCAGAACCCUUUCAUUCAGCUGGAGAAGCGACGCAACAAGGAGUCGGAGAGCGACCUCGCCAACGCUAAAGCCAAGCAGAUUGUGGAUCUAUACGGGCAGAUUCCAGGCGUCCGCACCCUGCGCGCCGACAAUGUCAUCAUUAUCGAGACCGUCCCGGGGGCACCACCGGCGCAGCUCGCCAGUGAUCGGCACGCGGGGGAAUCCAAGUCAGGCAGCGUGGAGUCCCUCAACGAACUGCUGGCACGCCGCGGAGGCAGCGUGACUGAAAUCCGCGCUGGGGAGGUCUUCAUUGUCAAGUCCGCUCUGAGCCGCAGCGUGGAGGACCUCAAUUCUGUUGGCAGGAACGAGUACCGGCCAUCGUUGCCGGAGCAACACCGAGGGCGGGUGAGCAAACUGCUGAGCCGGUUUAGCCAGGAUGAUAGUGGUGGCCCAGUGUCACCACGACCGGUGAGGUCCCUCAGUACCGAGAACCUAACGGACGGCAGCUAUGUGUCAAGGAAGCCUAGCCGGGCACUGGCUGAUCCCAGCCCAACAUGGCAACACCAUGACAGCACACCCAGCCCUCCCCGUGACCUCCUGGGACUGACCCCGCCGGUGCCCUACACUGUGGCAUCUUAUCGCAGCCAGUUUGAAGCCAAAUCAAGCAGCGGGGAGGCCUGGCCAGACAGCCCGCCAAGGCGCUCCCCAACCGGAAAGUCAUGGGGUAGGGAGGCUGCCUCCCCGGAGAAAGGGCCCAGACGAGAUAGUAGCGAUUCUGAAGCUACUUUUGAGAUCCACCCAGCGUCGCCACCAGCCCCGGUUGCUGAGGACGACAUCCAGGGCAAGGCCUUGGCCAAUCUGCGCCUGCACUCCCGGAACUCCUUUGUGGUAGUGCCGCGACGUGCCUCGGCCUCCCCUCCUCCCGAACCCAAGCAGGAAGCCAGCCCUUCCCCUCCUUCUGUCAAGCCCCCAGCCCCCACUUCCUGCUCCUCACCCAGAUGUGAACAGCCUGUCCCGGACGCCGAAGAGCCGCCUGAGGCUGAGGCCAUGAGACGCGUUGGGAGCUGCAACACCAAGGAGGAUGUCAGGGUGGGGGGCUUGGCCCGGGCCUCGUCCCCCCACCCAGCCGUGCAGCGUCGCAGUGGCAACACCAUCACUAUCAAUCCCCGCAAGGCUCCUGCGGCGCCUGUCACCGCCGUGGAGAACGGCAUCGAGGGCGAUGUGUCCACGGCUGUGGCGCCUGUGAAGAAACGCUAUCCCACAGCCGAGGAGAUCCAGGUGAUCGGAGGCUACCUGUCCUUGCAGAGAUCCUGCCUUGCGAAGAAUGACCCGCACCGGAAAAAGUUUAAGAUUUCAUUCAGUGAAAACCAGCUGGAGAGGACCUUCCAAUACCCAUCAGAGGGUUCCCUUCUGGAGGAGUUUGGGCCUCCAGAGGAGUCAGAGCCUCUGGCCUACAGCAACCCCCAUGGGGAUGACGAAGAGGAAGAAGAGGAGCUGCUACUGCUUCACCGGGGCCUCCCUGGCCUGCUGAGGACCAAACCCCUCAUUGUGGAUGAGUCCUGUCGGCGGUAACCCUGUUCAUCCUUCUCCAUAGCAGGGAAGGCUGGAAUAUAUUUUAAGGAUUCACACCACAUUCUGAAUACUUCAGCUGGAUCUUGAAUCUCUUUCCAUCUUCCACUGGCCAACACACCAAGGAAAGAACCUGGGACCAAGAAAGCCUGGGAAAUGCCACCCUUUUCCUAGAGGCUCUGGAUAUGUUUUCUUCUUCAGGAAGAGAGAGAGACAGUUACCCUUUCCUCUUUGGUAUUUCCCCCCCCCCCCCUUCAACUCUGGCACUGAAAACAGGAUCUCAGAGGACGCCCUGCCCCAAUAAAAAAAGACUAUCCCAAAUCUAGACAGCAGUGGGUGCUCCGAAUCAUAUGAGAUGCUCCCCAAUCUAGAUGGUAGAGAGGGAGCUCUCAACUCUGCCACACGGGUUUGAUUCAAAGAAUCCUUUUCCUAUCUCUACACUGCCAGCUGACAAGGAUUCUGGUGCAACAGCGUCUCAGAUUUAGAGAAAUUUCUUAAAAACUGCCCGCAAGCGGAGCACUGAACCUCAUAAACACACCGUUGCUGUUUCAAACAAGGGCUGAUGUCUUUCUUUCUUAUCUUCCUGCUAUCACCCAAACGAUGGUUGAUGAAACCCUCACUGGGCUGAGGGACUUUUCUGUAAUUUCCAGGUUACUUUUUUUUUUUUUUUUAGUAAAGUACCUGGAUAUUGUCCGUGAGGACUUUUAAAGGAGAAAAAAAUACAUUCUAAUAGCUGCCAUAUGUUUCAGGGGAGAAUAAGGGGUGGGAGGCACUAUCUUUGAGAGGGGAGUAAUUAUGUUGGCACACAGCCUAUCAGUAUUGGAGAAGACUUUGUAGCCGGGGGGGGGGUGUAACUGGUGUUUUUUUUAAGCCAUUCAAAACAGCAUAGCUCUAGUUAUUAAAGCAAGAGCUGCAAGUAAUAAGGCAUGUACCUGGGCCAACGGGGAGGGUCUCUGGGUGUUAUUAAAGCAGGAGCACUUCGUAUUAAGGCAUGGAACUGAGGGCGAACGGGGAAGGGCUAUCUCUGCAUGCAGACAGAGCUUGUUACUAUUUGGGAGUUUUUCUUUCUCUUUUUAGUUCAGGCAGGGGGCGGUCAUAUUGGAGACAGCCAAGCUUGUGCUUGGCAUCAUAAAAAAGAGGAAGCAGCAGUGUGUGGUGAUGGUGAACCGAGUGGAGUCAGGAGGAAAGUGCAGCUUCCUGUUUUAGUCAUGUCCAUUUCCUGUUCAGGAUUCAGAACUCAUGGGAUUGAAUGAGCAGGCACAAAGUGAGAUGAACAGAGGCAAGUUGAAUGUCAGAAAAUGAAGUGGUAUUUUGACAAAUAGGUGCAUGUGUUUUUAAAUUAUUGUUACUUUACAAACCGUCUUGAUGAGUGUUGGCCAUUCUUCGCUGCGCACCAUUUUGAAAGGGGAAAAGCAGACCCAAGGACUAAACAGGGAACGGCUUUCAAAACUGAUUGAAUGCAAAAGAAUCGCAGUUCGACUUGCUGUCAGCUCUCCAGAGUUGGCUUCAGCGUUUGGGGGAAGCCUCAGACAAGAGACCAUCAGGGGGCCCUUUCAGACAGGGUGGCUGACGCAACGUGAGGGCACAUCCCAGCGUCCUGCCCACAGGACUUGAUGCAAACAAGCCAAGCCACAUGCCAAUGCAUCGUUCUAGAGUUUUAUUGGCAAAUGCGGCACUCGUUUCUGUCAAACCAUGUGGAAAAUGUAUUGGAGUUUCUUCAAAACCUCUUCAUUGGGCUCCCUGUUGGCUUUGGGGCAUCAGGAAUCAGUAUCAUUGGACAUCUGCUAAGAAUAUUUGUUCAGUAGGGGAGCUACUACCAUUCCUCUUCAUUGUCACUGCCUGUUCAUCGGCCCUCUCUGCGUGAGCAAGCAGCAAUAGCAGCAAGAAGAGCAACAGCCUCUGUAGUUUCUCUCUAGGUGGCCCUCCAUUUUGAGCACUGAGGCAGAGGGCAAGCUAAUUGGCAGUGGUGACAGCGAUAAGGAGCACAGAGGCCCACUCAGGGAAGCCCCCCCCCAAAAAAAAAACACCCACCCACCUGGAGCUGCUUUAAAGUCUUGGUAAAUACCUCACAAUUUCACCCUCUGGAGCUGGCAAUGCAAAUCGUCUGUCAUUCUAAUUGAAAGUCUGCAACAAAGCCAGAAGUGUUUUAAAUUCUUGAACAGGAAUUUCACGAGACUUGAGGGGAGCUGCUCUGUUAAAUGGCUCGAGGAAUGGCACAACUCAUCUGCGGGGAAAGUCUGCAGACUUGAGAGAAGGGAGGACUGGAAAAUGUAUGAAAGCAAAAAGGUGUGGCUUUAGCAGCAUGGUGGUGAAAAGAGUGUGGGCUGAGGGAAUGGAAGUAUGAAUGAGUGGAAGGAGGCGGCGCAGAUGGGAAGGGACGAAGAAAAUGACAGAUUUCUUCCCUCUCCCUUCCAUGCUAAUUUAUCUUGUUAUCUGUGUGCACCAUUUUUAUUAUCAUUUCCCUUCUUAUUUUGCACUGCGGGAACAGCCAUGCCCAGAACCCAUGAAUGAGUGAGUGAAUGAUUGAACAUGGCAGAAAUCUCUUCCUUUGGCAGGGUCUGCAAAGAUCAAUGUAUGUGGGGUGAGGGCUGAAGCAGCUGUGUCCAGCCAUUUCCAUCAGUGUUGUUUUUUUAAAAAAAAUUGUAAUAAUAAUUAUUAUUAUUAUUGUUAACAAUAAACCAGAAUGAUGUUGCACGUUGA